ACGUCAUCAAAAGGCGCCACUGGGAGUUUGCAUGGUUCCAGUGUAGCGGCGGAUUCUUCUCAAAUGUGACUGUUUUUAACCUGAAAAGAACCGAAAAUGCCUAUGAAAGGAAGGUUUCCGAUCAGGAGGACUCUGGAAUAUCUCCAGAAGGGCGACAUCGUCUUUAAAAACAGAGUGAAGAUCAUGACAGUGAAUUAUAACACAAACGGGGAGCUGAGCGACGGAGCAAGGUCAGAGCAGACAGCAGCUUUGGUGUUUACGGGGAUGAUUUUACACGAUUAUACAAAUGUCACUUGUUAUAUUGGUCAUGCAUUUGGUCUUGGAGAUUCCUUUCACUGUUUUCAAUAACACUUAGAGGAACAGAGAGGAUCAGGAGUUACAGUUACAUUGAAACCACUUCCUCCUAUUCAAUGUUUUUUUUUCUGUCUUUUCUCCGCAGGGAAUUUGUGUUCUUUAACAUUCCUCAGAUUCAGUAUAAAAACCCUUGGGUCCAGAUCAUGAUGUUCAAAAAUAUGACACCAUCACCCUUCCUGAAGUUCUACCUGGGUGUGUAGUUGUCCUUUUCUCCUCCUUUUAACUGUUUAUAUUGUGAUUAUUAUGACGCCAUGCCUGGACUGAUCUUCUCUUUUUCAGAUGAUGGGGAGCAAGUUUUGGUUGACGUUGAAGGAAAGGACCACAAACAAAUUUCACGUCAUGUGAGGAAGAUUUUGGGCAAAUCAGAGUAAGAUGUGACUAUUACUACAAGUGUGACUCGUCUCUCUGUCAGUCAUAGGGAUGAAACGAUAUUAAAAUUUCACAUCACGAUUAUUGUGACCGAAAUUAUCACAGUUAUCAAUAUUAUCACGGUAUUGUUGAAAUAUGUUCAAAAUGUUUUAAAAGUACUCAUACACAGCUUAAAAUCAUUUAACGAAGUUUUAUUUUGAAAAACCAUUAAAAAUAACACGCAGAACGAACUUUUCCUUAACCUUAAAUAACAGAGGAACGAUAAGCGUAAACAAUUAAAGAAAUGGCCUUAAAAGAGCCAGAGGUAAUCAACACUAGUACUAGUAACAAUAAAGUACAGAGUAAUGUGCCAGUGGCAUAAACAUGAACAUAAUAACAAAUAAAUGAAAUAUAAAGAUGAACUGGAGAAUGCCGGUGUAGUGUUAGCUUCAGUUCAACUUCAUAUCAACUCAGGUGCAACACAACCUGACCAAAUGACACACAUUAAAAGCACACACAUCUUUGCUCUUCCUCUCACCAUCGUCUUCUGUGCCUGGAUCGUAAAACACCAGUGCAUCAUCAUUAUUGGUCCCCAGCAGCUCACUUCCGUUGUGCCCUUUUUUUUAUUUGCAUCCUUUUAUUUUCGCAGUAACUUUUUCUUUGCAUUGUUAACUUCCAUUGUGCCUCUUUUUUUAAAAAAAUCUGCACCGUUUCUUUUUCUAUUUGCAGCGGUACCAUUAAGUUCGGUUGUGGCGUUCUUUUUAUUUUUGCAUUCUUUUUUAUUUGCAGCAGUGGCAGUUCUCGGCCACUGUAGCUUUGUGCUUGUACAUCAUCCACAUUAAUAAUGCCAGUGUACAGGGAUACCUCGAUAACUCAUAAAUCAUUGUCUCUGUAAACCAGCGAGCAAGGGAUACAAGCAUUAUUAAUUUUGCAGUUUACCACAGUGCUUUUCCUGUGACAAAAUAUGAUCUAUUGAAAAGAUAAUGGCUGCAGAGAUUCAAUAACAAAAGGCUGCAUUUAUUUUGCUGUCUUUCUUUUCACAGAGAAGUGUUACAAGCUGAGGCUGAAGCAAGGAAGGAGGCCUCAAACCCUGCCAACUUUGGGCCAAAAAAGUACUGUCUGAGGGAGUGUAUCUGUGAAGUGGACGGCCAAGUGCCGUGUCCUCGCACCAAACCCCUGCCUAAAGAGAUGACGGGAAAAUACAGGGCUCAGAUGGCAGCGGAGCAGGACUGAGAAAAGCCAAGGAGGAGGUGUGAAUAUUGUACUCAAAUUGGACGUUACUAUUACAUUUUGGUGUCACUUUUUGACUUGGGACAGCUCAUAAAGGGACUACCGUACGGCAUGUUUUUGGUGCAUGUGUCUUCUCUGCUCCACUUAGUAAGCUUUGUGAGACCUUGCAGGCCACUAUGAGCAGAAAGAACCACGGUUGAAGAGCCCAAACACUGGAAAGCCAUUUACGUAGAGCAGUGUAUUACAGAAACGAAGCAUACAAACAUUUUACAGAGAUAUUUUUUAUUGACGUAGAGAUGACAUUAAUAAAACUGUGUGUCAAAUGUUUGAGUUUUGCAAUCACUAUUUUGCCUGCAUCAGGGUUAUUGGCUAAAAUCAACUGCUAACACAUAUUAAGAAGCUCCUUGAGUAAUUGAAACAAGUCAAAACAUUUAAGUGUCACAUGUUCUGUGGAGAUCAAAAAUCAGCACUGUGAGAUCAUCAGACUUCACAAAACACUGUUAAUAUCACUGAGGAGAAAUAUGAACUUUUUAAAUGAUAGUAAAGCGUUUUAACUGGAUUUAGCAGCACUGUUAGUGAUAAUACUUGCUGGCAUUCAUGUAGUGUUAAUCAAUCUGACCAAGAAAAAAGACUUAAGUGUUGUUUUGACCUUAGAAGUAAGUUGAUCUUUACAAAUGUGGAAAAAACUUCUGUACACACAGGAUUACGUUCUGGUGUUUUGUUAGUUGACUUGAAGUUGCCACCGCCUGUAGUAUUGUGUGUCUAAAGGGUGUAUGAUUUCUUACAUAAUAUUACUGAACAGGCAACAUGCUCUACACACAGAUCUUGUCUUACAGCAUGGAACAAUCACAGUCUGAUUUCAUCCAAACGUAUUCAAAAAGAGAGAUCAGGAGGAGUCACUGGGCCACUAGCUCAACAGAAAUACCAGUAUCCAACAGCACCGAAAUACAGACACAAGAACCAUGCAACACAAGUGCUCUAGUGAGUCAGUAGUGACGCUGUAAACAAUAAGAUCACAACCUUUAGGGGACUUCACAGCCAGGCAUGGAGAACAUUUUGGUUGGUUGGUUUUCUGUCACAUAUCUGGAAUAAACUCUGAAGUGAAACCACGACAAAGAUGAGGUGCAAAACAUAAAAAAUCCAUCAACUGAAAUGGCUUUAAAGACUUCAAUCCUAAUUGUGCAGAUGGAUGGUUUUACUGAAUGAGACAUUUUUACCAAAGCAGAGUAAAUCUAAAUAAGAUCAGAUACUUAUCCCCCUGCUAUCAUGAGCAUUUUGUUAGAUAGACUUUGUGGUAGUGAAUUUAUGCCAUCAUGAGUGAAGGUAACAAAACAGGAGCAACAAGAAUGGCAAAAAAUCAGUAUAAUGUGUCUUUAAUUUCCCUUCUAUAUCUGUAACUCACAUUUAAAAACAAGUGAUGCAAGUCACCCGACUGAGUUAAUUUCAUUUCUGUGUUUAAACUUCAAUUGAUCAUUUUUGCGUUGAUUAGUUUCCUUUAAAAAGUUUCUCUUAACUGUGUCUGAGAACUGUUAAUGGUCCAUACAUGAAGCAGUAAUGUGUAGUUUGGUUAAAUAAAAGGCAAUGUCUUCUGUUCUCACAAAUAAACCUGAAAAAAUCAGUAAAGUUA